GAGAAGCUUCUGCGGUGUUCCUACAGCGCCCUCGUCUGACAACGCAUAACGUCACGUUAGUUCCCUCUCUGGUCAACAGUAAAUUCCUAUCACACACAUCAGGGAUAGAGAAUGUGCGGUGCUUGGCCAGAACUCAGAACCUGUGACUCUCAUGAAGCUACACUAGAAGAGGGCAUCUGGAUGGAGUACAGCCAAGGCGGUUGAACUCCCACUAAGUUCAGAAGAAUGGCUUCACUGGAGUCCAAAAAACUUUUGAUUCUUCUGUGGAAGAACCUUACUUUAAAGAGGCGGAAGUUUGGGGCUUUAGUGACUGAAAUAGCCCUGCUCCUUAUACUCAGUGUUGUGCUUUUGGUGACACGCAGUCUUCUUCCUAUAAAGAAGGUUAAAUCUUUCCAGUAUCCUGAUCAACCAGCCAGUGAUGUCCCUUCCUUCAUCCAAGUUUUCACCACCAUUUCUCAUCCUUGGGAAUUGGCUUAUGUGCCUUCCAACAGCAUCAUGGUAGAGAAUAUUGUGGAAAAUGUGAAAAAGGAUCUAAACUUCCAUAUGAAAGUUACAGGAUUUUCUUCAGAAAUUGAUUUUGAAGACUACAUUAGGUCAACUGUCAACUCUAAACAUGUUCUGGCUGCUAUUGUGUUUGACCACAGCUUCACAAACAGCAAUGAUCCCCUGCCAAAGAAGGUAAAAUACUACCUGCGUUUUAGUAGUGUUAAAAAGAACAUUAAUUCUGGGGCAUAUUUUCAAGGGCACAGCUGGUUCACAAAUUUGCUCUUCCCACCUGUGCAUCUUCUGGGACCCAGAAACCAAUUUGAUGCAGAUGGAGGCAGUCCUGGGUACAUCAGUGAAGGGUUCCUGGCUGUGCAACAUGCCUUAGACAAGGCCAUCAUGUUACAUCAUGGCGGUGCUGCUGCAACAGCACUCUUUAAUGAUAUUAGCCUAUUCAUUCAGAGAUUUCCAUACCCUGAAUAUCAUCAUGAUUUCUUCUAUACAUUUGCUAAUACUUUUAUCCCUCUAAUAAUGGCAUGUACCUUCUUUAUGAAUUAUCUCACCCUAGUUCAGUCCAUUGUAUGGGAAAAGGAAAACCAAUUGAAGGAAUACCAGCUCAUGAUAGGACUGAGCAACUGGAUGCUCUGGGUUGCCUAUUUCUUCACGUUCUUCUGUUUGUAUUUUAUUAACAUCGUAUUUAUAUGCGUGGUUUUAUUUGUCAAGAUUGAACCUGCACCAAUCUUCCAAUAUAAUGACCCAAUCCUUGUAUUCAUCUUUUUGUCAUUUUAUGGCAUCUCAUCAAUAUUCUUCAGUUUUAUGAUUAGCGCACUGUUUAAUAGAGUCAACUUUGCUGUGAGCUUGGGAAGUUGCUUUUUCCUCCUCACCUACUUCCCAUGUAUUACAAUCUAUUCAAACUAUGAACACAUGACAUUCAAGCAGAAACUGAUUUGGUGCUUCAACUUUAAUGUUGGGAUGGCAUUUGGAUUUAAAUUCCUAAUUGACGCAGAGGCAAAGAAAACUGGAAUGAAAUGGAGUAACAUAUUCUCACCAGUGGAUACGGACAACUUUCUGUUUGCCUUUGUGCUAGGAAUGCUUUUAGUUGAUGCCUUCCUAUAUGCCCUUGUGGCUUGGUAUAUAGAAGCUGUCUUUCCAGGAGAGUACGGUGUUCCCAAGCCAUGGAACUUUUUCAUGAUGCGCUCUUACUGGUUUGGAGAAACACCUCAAAGAAAUCCCCAAAUCACCCAAUUUAAUGAGAAAAUUCGAAGCAAGUAUUUUGAAGCAGAACCAGCUGAUUUGAUGGCAGGCAUCCAGAUCAAACACCUGCACAAGGAAUUCAAAGGGGGUAACACCACCAAGAUAGCCAUUGAGGAUUUGUCUUUGAACUUUUACGAGGGACAGAUCACUGUUCUUCUAGGACACAAUGGGGCAGGAAAAUCCACUACUCUUUCCAUCCUCUCAGGUCUCUAUCCCCCAACCAGAGGAGAGGCCUAUAUUCAUGGAUAUGACAUAUCACAGCAUAUGGCACAAAUCAGGAAAUCCUUGGGCUUGUGUCCUCAGCAGAACUUGUUGUUUGAUCACUUGACAGUGUCAGAACACCUUUAUUUCUACUGUAGGGUAAAAGGAAUACCUCAAAAGAUGUGUCUUGAGGAAAUUGACAGCAUGCUGUCAGCUUUUAAUCUACUGGAGAAACGGGAUGCAUUUUCAAAGUCACUGAGUGGAGGCAUGAAGCGCAAACUUGCCAUCAUUACAGCACUGCUAGGGGGCUCCAAGGUGGUGAUACUUGAUGAGCCAACAUCUGGCAUGGACCCAGCCUCAAGGAGGACCACCUGGGAUCUCCUUCAAGCAUAUAAACAGGGCCAUACCAUCCUACUGACCACCCACUAUAUGGAUGAAGCUGAUGUGCUGGGUGACCGCAUUGCUAUCAUGGUCCAAGGAACCUUGCGGUGCUGUGGCUCUUCAGUCUUCCUGAAAAGACUAUAUGGUGUUGGGUACCACAUAGUCAUGGUGAAGGAACCUCACUGUGACAUUGAUGAAAUCUCAAAACUGAUCCAUUACUAUGCAUCAACAGCCACCUUGAAGACUAAUGUUGGAAAUGAAUUAUCUUUUAUUCUACCCCAAGAAUAUACUCACAGGUUUGAAGCUCUCUUUUCUUCUCUGGAAGAGAAUCAAGAGAACCUUGGCAUUUCUAGUUUUGGUGUCUCUAUCACUACCAUGGAAGAAGUUUUCCUUAGGGUCAGUCACAUGGAAGAUUCAAAAUCAGAUAACCAAGAUACUCAGUCACCCUCAGUGGGGAGCAAAGAGAAUAAGAAUAAGGAUGUCCCAAGCAGCAUGAGAGGAGGCUUUCCCAUUAAAGGUGAAGACCUGGCCAUUGUGUUUAACACCGGGUGUUCCCUCUACUAUCAGCAGUUCCAUGCCAUGUUCAUAAAGAGGUUGAUGUAUAAUUGGCGAAACUGGAGGGUGCUUUUGGUACAGAUACUGGGACUUGUUAUCUCUUCUCUCUUUCUCCUGAAGUCUCAUAACCUUAGAUAUGAAGAUGAGAAAACAAGGCAAAUGAAUUUGAGUGAAUAUGGUCAAACCAUUGUGCCUUUUUCUAUUUCUGGAAAAUCUAGUUUGACGACAAGUCUCUUACUACACCUUGAGAAUAUGCUAAAGCCUGGUGGCCACAAACUUAAGGAAGUACAAGGUGACCUACUCAAAUACCUGGAAGGAAAUAAAGAAUGCAUUCAUUUAUGUAUUAUUGCACUUUCCAUCAAGGUGGUUGCAAAUAGAACAAAGCUAACUGUUCUAUUCAACAAUGAAGCUUACCAUUCACCAUCUCUAUCCCUGGCAGUUUUAGACAACAUUCUUUUCAUGUCACUUUCUGGUGCUGAUGCUUCCAUAACCAUCUCCAAUAAACCUCAGCCACGCUCCCAGGCUAAAGAAAGUCUAGGGAGUGCAGAAGGAAAGGUGGUUGCCUUAAAAAUUCAGCUGGGCAUGGCUCUUUUGGUCAGUGGCUUUUGCCUCCUGACAGUGACUGAGAGAACCACCAAGGCAAAGCACAUUCAGUUUCUGAGUGGGGUCUCUGUCCUCGUGUACUGGCUUUCUGCUCUCCUGUUUGAUUUAAUCAUCUUCUUUGUUUCAUGCUGCCUACUAUUGGUUGUGUUCAAAUACUGCAAAAUUGAUAUUUAUGUCACAGACUACCAUUUUCUGGAGACAAUGCUGAUCCUCACACUGUUUGGAUGGUCUGCCAUUCCCCUCACAUACCUGAUGAGCUUCUUAUUUUCUAAAAGCACCUCUGCCUACGUCAAAAUUAUCAUGUUCAAUUAUGUGUCUGGCAUUUUCAGUAUCUUGAUAGAUACCUUAUUAGUAGCUAAAAUGCCAGUUACCUUGUCUAAUACCACCAAAGCCUUCCUGCUCAACACACUACUGCUCUUUCCCACUUACAACCUCGGGAAGUGCAUAGGUGACUACACUGUUAUUUACCAGAGGAAAAUACAGUGCACACAGCAGAAGAAUGUUCCCAAAUACCUGAAUUGUAGCAAAGAAAAUAUUGAGCAGAAUAUUUAUUCUUUAAAGGAGCAUAUGAUUGGAAAGUAUUUAAUUGCUAUGGGCAUCACAGGCUUAGUUUCCCUCCUCUUCAUUUUCUUUUGGGAGAACACUUUUUGGAAAUUAAGAAUGCUUAUUCAUCAACACAUUUACUUUGGUGUCUGCAAGAAAUACAAGACAGAUAAAAUUUCCAAGGAAUUAUCUGGGGAAUCUCAAGAUAAAGAUGUAGAAAAUGAGAGAAGGAAAAUUCUAUGCCAGUCUGAAAAGUUUCUGAAUUCCCCAGUUCUUAUUAAGGAGCUCACAAAGAUAUACUUUAAGUACCCACUAAUUCUGGCUGUGAAAAAUAUCUCCCUUGCUGUCCAAGAGAGGGAGUGCUUUGGAUUACUUGGAUUCAAUGGAGCAGGUAAAACAACUACCUUCCAAAUUUUGACUGGAGAAAGGACUCCUACCACUGGAGAUGUAUUCAUUGAUGGCAUUAGCAUCACCAAGAACAUCCUAAAGGUGAGGUCAAAAAUCGGCUAUUGUCCUCAAUUUGAUGCCUUGCUGGAAUACCUGACUGGUCGGGAAAUAAUGAUCAUGUAUGCAAGAAUAUGGGGAGUCUCUGAGCAUCAGAUUCAGCCCUAUGUGGACAUGCACUUGAACUCUUUGGGUCUGGAGCCCCAUGCCAACUUUCUCAUCAGCACCUACAGUGGAGGAAACAAACGUAGACUGAGCACUGCUAUUGCCACAAUGGGAAAGCCUUCAGUCAUCUUACUGGAUGAACCAUCAACUGGCAUGGACCCAAGAGCUAGGCGCCUUCUCUGGGACACAGUGAUAAAGAUUCGAGAAAGUGGAAAGGCCGUAAUUAUAACAUCCCACAGCAUGGAAGAAUGUGAAGCUCUCUGUACAAGGUUAUCCAUAAUGGUGAAAGGGAAGCUCACAUGCCUGGGUAGUCCUCAGUACCUCAAGAACAAGUUUGGCAACAUUUAUAUUCUGAAGGUCAAGGUCAAGUCUGAGGAAACAUUAAAGGAUUUUAAAAAUUUCAUCACACUGACAUUUCCAGACAUGUGCCUGAUGCUCACAGAGGUCAGAAGUGGGUGUCAAAUCCCUGAAACUGGAAUUAUGGAUGAUUGUGAGCUGUCAUGUCAGUCCUGGGAUUUAAAACCGAGUCCUCUGCAAAACCAACUACUUCUAACCAUUAAACCAUUUCUCCAGCACCAAAAGAUACUAUUUUCUUAACUUUCUGUAGCCAUUCUGUAUGCAUAUAUAUUUUAUUAUCGCAUCAAUUGUUAUAUUAAUUUAAAUAAGUAAGUGAAUGAACUGAAAAGGUGGAAAUGCCUUCAGUAUUGAUGGAGAUAUUGCUUAUUUUUAUGGGGUUUAGAAGCUGGGAAAUUGCACCUGACAAUGAAUGGGUAAAUAUUACUUGACCUACAUGGGUGGUUUUAUCAGUGCUUUUUAAAAUUUAUUAUGCUUUCUAUUUGAAAUAUGCUACAAUAAAAGAGCUUUACAUGAUCAUACAAUAAUACAUGCA